AUGAAAAAGGAAAGAAAAUUCGAUUUCUAUAAACGAAAACAAAAAGCAUCCAUCAACUCAAACUUUAAAGGUAAAUCAGUUGUUUCUAUGCGAUGGGGGCUUUUGUAUCUCCUCCCUUUAAUCUUCACUGUGUUUUCUGCACAGGUCUACACCAAUUCGUGGUGUUUUAAUGAUUCAACUCGAAUAGUGACAUACAAAAAUGUGAUUGAAGGGUCUUGUGAUUAUGAGAAGCUUGGACGAGGUUUCAUUACAUACACCGAUGCGCGUACUGAAGUAUUUGAAAUCCGCACAGACUGUUGUGCCUCGAAUGAUUGGGAUGUCGAGUACAAUCAAUUUCACAUUAUCAAUUACGAAGAUAAUUACACAUUAAAUUCCAACCCAAAGAAAAUUGUUUUUAAGUUUAAAGGCACUCCCUUUGCCAGACUCACUUUUAAUAUAACAAUAGAAGAGUAUAAUCCAUUGAUAUAUUGGGCAAUAAACACAUAUUAUAUUUUAUCUGGAAGUACUAUCACUUUUAUAGGCAGAAACACGACACCACAAACACCGCGAAUUUCCUUAUCAGUAGAGUCUCGGCAGUUUUAUUUAGAAACUCCACUGAGUAAAUCGACUGAAAGUGUUGAUAUGGAUUUUCAAUGGGGAUUUUCGCCCAGUGUAUUUGUGAAUGGAAAUUUUGAUAUCAAAUUGACAAAGGAAAUAGACAGAACUGAGUGUCAGUAUCGGUAUACACUACAAGGAGGCAUUGUCACAAUGUCUGUCACAAACCCUCACUUAACAAUGAAGAAUGUUUGUACGUCAGGAGUGUAUAACCGCAUCUCUGUGUGUCCAAAUACCAUUUUAGAUGACUACGAAGACUGUUCAUGUGUAUAUAGUGACUACGAAUAUCAUAACCACGAACACGACUGUACUUAUUUAAGUCAGUACUUCGACUUCAAAGCACUUCCAAAACAAGACAAAGUGCCGUAUGAAUAUAAGUGGAGAAAUUUGGUGACUACGGGAGAGGACACUGUCUUAAGUAUCAGAAAGGGGUCUAACAUGACUUUUCUUCAAGAAGUGAAUUUGCCAGAACAUAAUUUGACGAUAGAGGGCAGCGUCAUCUUUUUGGGAGGUAUAAAAAUUAAUGGCAACACCAAUUUUUAUGAUUUGGGUAAUUUCCACAUCACAAGUGUCGACUACAGUGCAAUUCAGGAUUUGAGUAAUACCGUACUCUUUGUGGGGAAAUGUUCAAUGGGAGAACGCGAGUGCAGUGAUUUGAUGAACCAAAGUGAAUUACAAGAAGAGAGGUGUAAUGGGACAAAGAGUCGAUUUGUAGUGAAAGGAAGUACUUUUGGAUGUACAUGUACACAAAGCAAUGGGAUGUUUAAACAAAAUGACUGUGAAUAUAUGACACUCGAACGAAUGAAUCGCAUAAAGUUAGAAAUGAGUAGUGACUAUAACAGUGGGAAUACUGAAAAGUAUUGGGAGAGUAUUGAAGUGGUGAAUCCAAGUCCACACAUCCUCAAUGUAUAUGGUAACUCCAUUGUAGUCGCAAAUGAUUGUAAUUUUAUGAAUGCAGAAAUUGUUCAUAUCAAUUGCACGUUGCGAUGUGGUAAAAUCAUUUUGUCUUCGUCGACAAGGAUUAUAGCAACUCCACAAAGUGUUAUUAAGACAUAUCAAAUAGAAGUGAAAGGUGUAGUGACCAAUUUAAACGAAGGAGCACUCAUUCAAAUGAAUGGAGGGAGUUUUAUAAGUGAUGGCUCCAUGCAAAAAGAGUUUGAUAGUGAUCAGAUUACUUGUUUUGAGUUAGUGAGUGGGUCAAGUGCCUUGAGUGAGAGUCUACAUAAUUCAAAAGAUGGGAAAUAUGAGACUUAUGUCAUCGAUCAUUUACUUCGAGUGUGUGUAGAGAAUAUGGGAAACAUUGAAACAAACACAGAGAUUAUAUGUCAAGUCAAAAAUAGUGUUUUUGGUACGUUUGAAUACGAGCAAUGUCCUUGUCAUGGAACAAAUUGUAGAUACCAAUUUGAUGAGAGUGAAAGUUUUGCUAUAAGUACACAAAACACUUUUGAUGUUAUCAUUGCGAUAUUGGAAGUGACGAAACCACUUCAUUUUAUAAAUGUUCGAGAAGUCAAUGUAUUUACUAUAAAAGACGAAAGUGUGUUACAUCUUGAAGGAAGUGACAAAGUGAUUUCCGUUCAAAACGACUUCAAUGAGAUGACUACAAUAGUGAAUAUUGGUAAUGCGGUUAUAAAUGGACAGAGCAAAUUCAUUCAAAUUACAAACGAACAACAAAAUGAAGUGCAAACAAAACUUGUUAUUGGAGGAGAGUUCACUAGCGCUAUAUUUGUUUUGCAAGAUGAUGCUACACUUAUUCCCAAAACUACAAAUUCGAUCAUUAGUCUUCAAAAUAAUCAAAAAACACCACGUGGGUUAUUGGAAAGUGGAGUUCGGACUUUGACAUAUUCAACACGUUCAAAAUGCCAAGUUGGGCAUUUUGAAGAAGACAAAUUUGUCUGUGAUUCAUGUGGACAAGGUGAGGUGAGUGGAAAGUGCAAAGAGAACCAGAUCAUUGAUAGAUGUAAUCAAUAUGGGAGCACUGGGCUCUGUAUUACUUGUAAUGAAAAUUAUUACCUCGACACUAAAAUAGUCAAUAAUGAAAUUGAGUCACAACAUUGUGUUUCAUGUACUUCAUUUUGUAAAAAAUGUAAUUCCACGCAAUGUAUUCAAUGUAAAGAACAGUACAAAUUGAAAGAUGGAUGGUGUGUACCAUAUGCUACUGACUGUGUCUUUUACUCAAAUGGACUUUGUAAAAAGUGUAGUGAAAAUUACUACACAGAUGGACAAAAAUGUAUCAAGUGCAGAGAUAAUUGCAAGAGUUGCACUUCAUCAGUUUGUUUGGUUUGUGACACAAAUUAUAAGAAUGUGAAUGGGAAUUGUGAAACUCUUGAAAACACAGAAAGUGUCACAUCAUCUUCUGUUAUUUCAUGUUCGAAUUCUUAUUAUAACAAUAACACAAAAUGUGAAUUAUGUAGGAACACAUUUGGUGAUGGUUGUCGCAAGUGCAACAAAAAGAUGUGUUUUGAAUGUUCCAGUGACUUUAUAAUAGAAAACGGCAACUGCGUUUUAAAAGGUGUUUCUCAGAGUAAUUGUCAUGUCUUUCAAAAUUUCAAGUGUAUGAAGUGUAACGACGGUUUUUAUAAUCCCCCAUUGUGUAUUCCAUGUGCUGCAAAUUGUUUAAAAUGCACUGGAAGUCAAGGCAUUUGUGUUGAAUGUAACACAACACAAGAAGACCUUUGGCUACAAAAUGGUGUUUGUAUUACAAACACGCCACUUCAAAGUAUCGAUAUAAAGUCACAAACUCUCUUUACACGUUACUUAAAUAACAAUAGCAUGGUAUUGUCAAUAGGAGUGAGUCAAUGCACAACAAACAAUUAUGGUCGAUGUCUUCGAUGUACCUCUGGAUUUUAUUUAGAGACAACAAUAAAUAACCCAAUAAGCACUUCAAGGUGUGCCAAAUGUGGAGAUGGCUGUGACGUGUGCCUUCAAACCUCGACAUUCUGUUUGUCAUGUUCUGACGCAGAAAGUGCAUUGUAUAACCACACAUGUGUUGCAAAUGAAGACGCAAAGGAGAAAUGCCAACAACUCAUGAUAUCCAAAUUGGGAUGUGCAGUGUGUAACGAAAAGUAUUAUCGAAAGAACACGGACUGUAUCAAAUGUCCAUCAACAAUGGCAACAUGUUUAAAUGAGAAUCAACCUAUUCAGUGUAACACUGGAUUCUUCAUGUAUCAAAUGAAAGAGUGUAGAGACUUUUCCGAACUCACAAAUUGUAGUGAAAAGAGCGAACAAAGUGGGUGCACAAAAUGUGACAGGGGGUACUUUGUGAAAGAUUCGUAUUGCACAAAGUGCUCUCAAAACUGCGACAGAUGUACACAAGAAAAAAGUUGUGAAUUGUGCAGUGACAAUUAUGUUCUCUCACAUGGCACUUGUGUCAAUUAUAGUUAUAUUGACAAGUGUAGUGCGUCAUCAAACAACUUCUGUGAAUCGUGUGAGAAAGGGUAUGAAUUAAACCCCAAUAACAGAUUCUGUACACGGAAGUCGUUAUGGUGGAUAUCCUUGAUAGUGAUUCCCGUCUUUUUGAUAUUUGUUGUAGUUCUUUAUAUAGUCAUCACGUUUUUAUUCAGGCGAUUUAUAAAAAUACAACAAGACAACACUUUGGAUUUAAAAGAAGUCUUUUUACAUGAAAGAUUCUCUGAAAUAGUCCCGGGCAUUUUAAUAAAUAAAAAGGUUCUUUGUAAUGAAGACGGGAAAGGUAUUCCAGUGGGGCAAGAAUCAUUGUUUAAACUUAUUCUUGCCAAUCACGGUAAACAUAAAGUUAAAGUCCAACCGAUUUAUAUCAGUUCGAAGAAAUAUGAAAUUACAAUCACACCAGAACUCGUCUUUUUGAGACCAAAUAAAGCGAUGGAAUUUACUAUUAAAAUUGUACCAAAUUGCACAACACAAAUUACACAGAAAAUAUCAUUCUCCGUCUAUUUGUUCAAGUACGAAGAAACCAAAUCCUUUGAUAUUUCAAUUGAUCUAACAACUGAUCAAAGUUCAAUAUUAGACCCCGACGAGUUGAUUCAGACGAAGAAAAUAGGCGAAGGCACAUUUGGUGUAGUUUAUUAUGGCACGUUCCGGGGUAACAAAGUAGCUAUUAAAAAGCUUAAGAUUCAAAGUAAUGAAGGAGGUGAUGAUGAAUUUUCACGUGAAGUUGAAAUGCUAGAGAAAUUUAAAAGUGAGUAUAUCGUCCAUUUCUAUGGAGCGGUGAUGAUCAAAGACGAUAGAAGUGUGAUCACUGAAUUUGCUAAGUAUGGGAGUGUGCAGAACUUGAUUGAAAGUAAGACCAAAAAGUACAACAAAAUUAUAACCAAAAAAUUACGAAUUAAGUUGUUAGAGGACUGUGCAUGUGGUAUUGAGUAUUUGCACAAUAAUGGGAUUUUACAUAGAGAUAUUAAACCAGAUAACAUGCUUGUGUUUUCCCUUGAAAAUAACAUCACUGUGAACGCAAAAUUGACUGAUUUUGGAAGUGCUAGAAACAUCAAUUUAAUGAUGACGAACAUGACUUUCACUAAAGGGGUUGGAACUCCAAGCUAUAUGGCACCUGAAGUCUUACUCAAAAAGAAGUAUAAAACACCUGCCGACAUCUUUUCCUUUGGAGUCACUAUUUACUCUGUUAUGAUCUGGGGAGAUCCAUAUCCAAAAAAUGAAUUUCCUUAUCCGUGGAACGUGGCCACAUUUGUGUCAGAUGGGAGAAGACAACCAAAAUUAAAUCUUACAAAUGAGGAAUACAAAUUAGUGUCUGAUUGUUGGGACGAAAACCCAAUAACACGUUUAAAAAUCGCGGAGGUCAUAUCUCGUCUGAAAACAUUGAUAGUCAUCAGGAAAAGUUUCAGGUUCAGUUUAACAAACAAAUAG